UCACAGCGUUCCGCGCCGCGCCGCGCCGGGGUCAAGGUCAAUCGGGUCAGUCAAGGCGAAUUUAGGCCACCGUACCAACCAAGCACCACUGGACUCCAGUGCAGUUCGCGACCACACCCGACCUUCCUCUUCGGCGUUGGACACUCAGCCGUAGCAUCACCAAAGCGAUGCAUGGCUCAAAGCACACGGCGGCGUUGUUCGCGCUGGCUUAUGGACAUGUGGUUUUGGGACUAGAGGAUGUCGCCCCAGUAGCACCAGCAGCAGCAACUGUUCCCAACCCGCAGUCACUGUAUAUACAGUUUAUGCACCCCACUCCGCGGUCUUAUGGUUAUGGUCAGGAUCUGGGUUUCCGCCUCGAUGUCAACCCCUCUGUCACCAAUCUCCCCAUCGGCAGCGAUGACAGUUGCGCCUCCCCCAACAUCACCAUCAACAACCAACCUUUGCUUUCUCCACCGAACGAAGACGGGUCGUUUGUGCUGGAUAACGAUAUCAAUGUGCAUCUUUCUUGGGAAUCGCGUUGCUUCCCUGGCGGCGGCGACGAUUCCCUUCCUAACGGUGAUCCUGAAAACAACAACAAGGGGGUUGAUGCGAAAUCCCAACGAUCACAAUCCGUUACCCUCACACUACAAGCCGUCGAUGGACAGCCUGUGAAGGAAGAGUUGAGUUGUACGAUCUGGUUCAGACAGGAGGAACCAGUCUGGGCGUUUGGAGUGGCGGGGUGGUGUGUUGAUGCGAGGAUUCGAGAUGUCCGGGGGAAGACAGGGGGAUGGGAGGUUGUUUUCGAUGAUGAAAACGAGAAGGCAGACACAGAGGCGAGCAUGAUGGGGACGACGGAGGGAAAAAGAGAAAGUAGGGAGGAGAGAUUGAAGAGGGAGAGGAAGGAAUUCGAGAGGGAGGUGAAGUGUUUGGAGUAUCAGAAAAGCAUUGCUACUGCUGAGGAAAGGGACAGUACCGGUGUGGCUGGAUCUGGCUAUGCGCAAAAGCCGGUGGUCAUGAACAGGAAGUACUACGAGGAGAGGAGACAGCACUUUGAAACGCUUUGCGCAAACCUACCGCCGAGAGCGAAUGACACCAGCACCCCAGGCCCGUCUGCUCAUCCGCCAUGGGAACUCCCGCAUCAUAGACCAGCUAAACCAGCUCGUCUGCCAUUCCCAGAUUUGCUCUUGGACUCAAGCCCCGGAUCAGCCCACCAAACCACCCUGAAUUCCCGCCCUUCUUCCCUCCGCGCCUCUAUUUACGCGCACCUGAUCAAUCUCUCGCCCAUCCGCCUCGCCGCCUACAUCAUCUUCCUCUCCCUCCUCAUAUUGGCCUGCUUUUUUCACUCUCUCCAUCGGGUACGCAGCCGAAGAAAAAGAUUGGCCCAAGGAAGUGGCGCGGGAGAGCCUGUCGGGAUAGAAUCACUUUGUCCCGGAUUUUACGGCAGUGAUGAAAGCUGUGGAGAGUGCAAGGCUAGAUAUUUUGCUCAGCUGCAAGCUCGAGAUGAAUCUGGGACUCUGAUCGGGACUGGGGAAUUUGAAGGUGAGGGUGAUAAUGAUGAAAUGGCCGAGAAGAGGGGGUCGUUGGAGGAGAAGAAGGAAGGGAUGUCAGAGCUGUGUAUGGAGGAACAGGAGAAACAGGAGAGACAGGAGAAAAAGAGGCUAUCAGAAAGGGAGUACCAGCGGUACUGCGAGUACCAUGCGGUGCCGGAGGAUGGGUUUGCGUUGAGGUAUGAACCUGGGUCGGAACUCCAGACGGUACAUGAGCCUGUUGAGCAAGUCGUUAUUGAUGAUGAGAGGAUUUGGGAUGAGAAGGAAACGUUGGUUGACUCGGAAGACGAGCGGGAGAAGGAGCGCGGUGAUGAAGUUGGGGAGAGCAGUGGCGAAGACAGCGGUGGAGAGGAUAGCGAUGAUGACUUGUCCAUUGGCGGUGAGCUGGCCUCGUUCAUGAGGGCUGCGAAUCUGGUGGAGGAUAUGAUUCGGGCUGGGGCAAGGCGAGAAGCGGCUCCAAGGCCUCAGGCGGCUCUGCCGGUAAAUGCCAGGCGGCAGUCACCUGGGACGCCUCCACCGCCGAGUUAUGGUGAAGUGGUAGGGCUGAGGGGUGUUGUUGAUGACGAAGGGUUAUUACCACCUCGGUAUGAGGAAUAUCUGAGAAGUCGACGGUAACAAAGAGGCGCUUUCUUGGGUCGCGGGGUUCUUCGGGGGUAAUGAUGGGUUGGGGUACCUAUCUCAAUGCUUAAUGACUGUAGUGAGUGCUGGGGAAAUAAUGCUGGGGCGGAUAGGACAUUAAGCGAUGCGCUUCUCAUAUGCAGCAACGUGAGGUCGGUGCUGCUUCAUCUUCCAGAAGGGUAUAUACCUACAUAUGCAUGACUUGUGUCGCGGCUUUCAAUUCCAAACGUGCCUUGACCCACCAG